ACACUUGAGUCAGUAUGGAGAACCCUCUGGAUCUGCUGCGGCUGGCGCUGAACGAGCGGGUGGUGGUGAAGAUGCGGGGAGAGCGGGAGCUUGCCGGGAAGCUGCAUGCCUUUGAUCAGCACCUCAACUUGGUGCUGUCCGACGUGGAGGAGACCAUCACCGUCAACGAGGUCGACCAGGAGCCCACGACAACCACCCGCAAGCUUGACAUGCUCUUUGUUCGUGGCGACGGUGUCAUUCUCUGCUCUCCGCCGCUGCGUGUGUAAAUCAACCCAAAUCCCC